GUGGCAACACUUCAGAGACACCACAACAGAUUGGCUUUGAAAAGUAACUCCCACUUGUUUGCCCCUCUUCUUAACGCAGACGAAGUUCCACCCUGGUGCAGAACCUGGAAGUUCAUCAAUCUCCUUCCUCGGCAGUACAAGCCAUUCUGGGACAAAGAUCAUGAAAACUUUGAAGUGGAAAUAUGGCCGCCUCCAGUGACUGAAUAUGUUCCCCCCUCAAAUUCAGCAGAGGAAGAAGAGCCAGAUCAGAGUGUGUCAUGGAGGAUUUGUGGCCCACAGCCUUUGGAGUGGGAUGACACUCCUAAAGUAUUCGUAAAUCGUAAAGAUGAAGUACUGUGGUCAAGGAGAAGUUGCAACAAUGGCCUCUAUUCUUGUCUUAACUUGGAGAUACUCUCACAGACAUUGUGGGCCAGAUCUUGGAGAUUCAGAAAUCUAGAGAGUACCUCAUCCUCUCUUACAAUGCCAAAAACUGAUACAACAAAGAGCCACCUUUUUUCUGAAAUGGAAAAAACCAAACCAUUUGCUCCAACAUGGUCCAAAUCAGCUAAAUUAGCCACAUCCCAACCCCAGGCAAAAAGCGGUCCCACCAGUGGAGUCAAAGGCAUAGUAGAGGCUGAGAAUAUGUCUUUUAAAUUGGUUGAUUCGUGGAUGCUUUCAAAUGAUUUAAGUAGCCAAAUGGGAAAGGUAUCUUGGGCUGAGUGGGUGAACUCCUGGAGGUUCCUGCUUCCUUCUUAUUCUCCACAAAAGAAAGAUCUUUCAUCCCAGGAAGUUGAGAUGGCUGAGCGGCCAGAAGUGACUGUCUAUGACAAUAAGGAACUGCGUAACCAAUGGGAAAUCCGUGCCAAUGAGUUCAGUAAGAGGGAUCAGGAAGAACGCAGUCGAAUGGAGAAGAGUGCCCUGAAUGGGCUGUUCCAGGAAUGGAAUUAUCGACUGGCAGUCAGAACUGGGCUCCCUACUUCAGGGGAGAAGAAGGGCAAAGUCAUGUCGGACUUCAGAAAGUAUGUAGUCACAGCCCCUACUGUAGAGCAAGAUGAGAAGGCCCUGCAAGCAAAGUUUAAGGUGGUGAUACCCCCGAGAAAACCGGCACCACCACCUCCACCACCACCUGCACCUAAGAAGCGUGAGCCCAGACCCCCACCUCCAGCCAGGAAGGAAAGGCCCAAACCAGACGAGAGGAAACCCGCCAGAGCACCACAACCCGCCAGAAAGCCAAGUGCACCAACACCAGAAAAAGCACCAAGUCAGCCAGCAAAGCCCAUGGCUGCCCCAGCAGCCAUUCCAGCUGCGUACAAGGAUAAUCUAUCUCAGGCUGGCUGGAAUGAGUCCUGGAAGAUGCUGAAACCCUUAAUAAAUAUGGAGAGAGUGUUAGGCACAGGAAGAGAUGCCUCUGAUUUAAAUGUGCACAAAUACCGCCCUGUUCAACACUCACUGGAUGAGAUGCUCCCACCUUCGUCAGAGUGGAACAAGUCCUAUACAUCCUUGAAAAAUGAUAUGCAUAAAAAUGAUCGAAAGGAACAGAAACCAUGGAGGUCUUUCCAGGAGCCUGAAAACCUCAGUGGCUCAGAAUGGGAACAGUCGUGGAAGAUGCAGAAUUUCGAGUUUCAGCAGCAAGUGGAAGCCUGGGGCCUGGAGUGGUCUGGUUUUUGUCGGCAACCACGUGACAGGAUUUCAGAUAAUACUCAACAAAGGGGAGAUGCUCCCCAGGGAUGGGAGGAAUCCUGGAAGUCCUUCAAACCUCAACCAAAACAAGAAGGUGAGCACCUGGAAUCAGAGGACUACUGGUCUAAGGAAUUCUUGGACUUAUACAAACAUGGGGUGUUUUGUCCGGGUUGGAAUGACUCAUGGAAAGUGCCGGAAGUGCAAACUCACAUGAACGCUUUGGAGGAAGUGUAUCUGAAAGACUGGGCUGAGUCGUGGAGGUGCUCCAGACACCACAGCUGGUGCAAGGAAUCCUCGCACCUCCGCCAUCGCCUCCAUGCCCUGCUGAUGUCAAAGCGUAUGAUGUGCAACAAACGAAAGACCUCUCAGCUUCAAGAAGAGACUGCAGCUGAGUGGGCGGAGUCCUGGAUGUGCCUGAAAGGUCAAACUCAGGAAAAGGAGGAGGAUGAGUCCACCUCAGCAGAAGUUGAUGUUUCACAUGUGCCUUUGCAUCUGCAGUUUCAUAUGUUGAACACAAAGAUCCCUGGUUGGGAUAAGUCCUGGUCUGUCGCCAAGACCCCCAGUCCUGGGGAUGAGAAGCAAGGCAAGCCCCAGUGGAGAAACUCCUGGAAGAUCUCCAACUCAAAUCCUGUCGGUAGCUCUAAGACCCAGCAGCAAGACAUUGUGUGUUGGUCAAGCGAGCACAGGUCCUUCAGGUACACGGAAUCAGAAACAGACUAUAUCACCCCAGGUGAAUGGAGUGCAUCCUGGCAGACCAUGAAGCCUCCAGCUGAAUCAGAAACCAAGCCCCAGCAAGAGUUAGCAGAGGUGCAAAAUGGCCAUCCCAUUCAUGCACUACUAUUCAUGCAUCUACUCAAAAUUCCUCUUCUGGAUUGGAACGAUUCCUGGAAAUUCUCAAACAAGCAGGCCAGCUCCAACACACUGUCACUGUCAAGGUGGAGUGAAUCCUGGAGGUUCUCCAACCCUAACCACCCCGAGGAAGAAAACUACAGACAGAAGGGCAACGGUCGGAGGCAUCAAAAUGGUCCUUUCAAAGUAGAUCCACAGUUCACAGAGUGGGGUGAAUCGUGGAAGUACCUGAAGUCUGACUCUCUGAAGCCCGACAUGCCUCGGGAGGACAGUGGGGAGUGGGGCGAGUCCUGGAGGGUGUUGAAUCCCCAGCUCUACCUGAAGAAAGAGGCCUGGAGCGAGCAGGAAUCUGCGGGAGAGUUUGACGACCUCCGUCUGCAGCUGUCAUUCCUGUUGAAGGAAGAUAAAAAAGUAUUUAGCCCUGAGUUCAGCAUGCCAGAGUGGAAUGAGUCGUGGAAGUUUUUAAAACUGGAGGGAGAGCACGACAGGAAGUAGAACAUUGAGAUGAAUUGCUUUGGCACUGGGUGGUGCUCAACUGUUGUGUGGGUAGAUUUAACGGUUUGUUUUCGUUUGUUGUUGUUGAAACAGUUGACUGAUGUCUCUGAGCUCCACAAAUGUGACAUAUGAACACUAUUCAUUGUUUAAUUUCUUAUUUGAAAACACAAAUGAAUCAUUGCACAGCAAAGCUAGAAACUAAGUAAUAUUGAAUUUAAACCCUAAGGCCAAACACCAUAAGACAUUUUAAAUGGAUGAGACUGGGGAGAAUAUAAAGCAGCAAGCAGAUGAAGUCUGGUCUGGUUUCCUGUCUGCCAUACACAAAUAAACAUACGGAUAUACCGCAAGUUCAGUGGUAUUCAUAUUGAACAAAAGACACAUUUGACCAAGGUUACUCCUCACCUUAAUUGAGAGUAUGAAGCAUACACCCCUAUGAAGGUUUUCAGAUAUCACUCAAGAUGCCAGUCAUAAUGCAGAUAACGUAUACAAACUUAGCUUGCUAUAAUGGAAUAUUUUCUUGGGUCCUAAGUGCUGGACAUGGCCAACGAAUACAUCUUUUCUAAACACUUGUCAAGAAAUAAUUGACUGAUGAAGGUGUUUCAAUGCAUGUUAGGUGUUUCAGAGUUUGCAUCUUUCUUAGCUUGUAAGUUUGUCCUCUUCUUCAGUACUAUCACAACAACUUGUGUGUUCUCAAACAGAGGAUAUGUUAUUAACAAUAUAUAAUUACAAGGCAUUCUUUCUUUUUCAGCCAUAUUGAAAUUAAAAAUAAAAAUGCCUGUAAUGCAUUCACUUGUUUUCUAUUUCAGAAAUACAUUUUUCAUUUUUACCCU